AGUGAAGCGCGGACAAUUGGGGGCAGAGUAAGGAACCCGGAACAUGGGAUGUAACUUAUGUAAGAGCACAUAGAAGAUGGAGAAAGCACCUAAAGGCCGGAAAAAUGCCACGAAAUCUGGUACAGUUAGACCCCAGGACAGAGGUUUGGUUCCUGUAGUCAAAGCACCUGGCAGUUUGCGCCCUCAUAAUGCCCGCUCCAUUCCUUACAGGGUCACCUACACUUGGAACCGGGGCGGCAGGCUGAAAGAGCUGCGAAUCAGACAUCUGGCCAGGAAGUUCUUUCAUCUGUGGGUGAGAAACACAUUUGGAAGAGUUCUUCUGUCUACAGCUAGGCAUCAUCAUAAUCGCAGGGUUUUGCGUCUCUGCUUUGGUAUCUGGAAAGAGGAGUGGUGGAUAUUGCGUAAAGAAUGGAAACUGAGUAUCCGAGCUGACUGCCACCACAGGUAUGUUCUGUAUAAUGUGUGUUUUCUGGCCUGGAGAAGUUAUCUUCUCAUUCAGCACAAGAAGAAACAAAAGCACAAUAUUGCAGAGAAUCAUGUAAAGAGACGGAUCUUGUGUCGUACAUGGCAGCAAUGGAUGGUCUAUGUGAAGAUCUGUCGUAUUAAGCAGCACAUGCUGUCGGAGGCUCUAGAGUUCAGGGAACAGAAAUACUUGAGAAAUGCUUUGCACUUGUGGGCAGUUCAGUUGCAGCGAAGACACACAGUCCGUGAGAUGGAAGAUCUGGCUCUGAAACACUGGGCUUUCAGCCUACAGAUUAGGGCAUGGCUGCAGUGGAGGGACUUUUUCCUUCAGACUGAAGAGGACAAGCAAAAGGAAGCUCAUGCAGUGAAACAUCACUGGUGCAGUAAGCUAAAGGCAUCGCUGCAAGCCUGGCUGUCUUACGUACAUUAUCGCCAGGAAAAGCAGAAGCAACACAAGCUGGCUUUACUUUUAUAUCAUCAACACCUUGCCCAGAGAUAUUUCUCAGAGUGGCACAGCAGCUUUGAGAGAGUUCGGAGUGUGCAAGCAGUGGAGGAACAUUGCAGAGGAUUGGCUACUCGCUGUGUCCUCCGUAGAACAUUUAUUCACUGGAAACAUUAUGUGCUGAAGCGUUCUGGGAAGACUCAUUUACAGAUAUUGGCGCAGGCACAUUACAGACGUCAUCUACUGAAGUUUGGCAUGGGUGCCUUAAAAAAGAACACCAGGUAUUCUCAGACAUGCCAUCAAAGGCGGCUUCAGGCUGUUCAACAGUACCGUGUUACACUGGUACUUCGGGCAUGGACUGUCUGGAAGUUUCGUAUGGAGCAGAAAGAGGAUCAGCAGCUGCUUACCCUUACUGUAGGAGCACAAACUCACUACAGAUCCGUUCUGAUGCAGAAAUGCUUUAGCACAUGGUUAAUGUACAGAGAAAAGAGGAAACUAAAGCAGGCAUCGCGCAGCACUGCAGACAGACACUAUGCGAAAUCCUUGCUGCCCCGCACCUUCCAGCAGUGGAAAUAUUGUCAUCGCCUUAAGCGGCACUGCAGAAAAAUGGAGGAACAUGCACUAAACUUUUACAGGCAAACUGUGCAAAGGAGAAUUCUGCUUACAUGGUGGACAAAACAUAACCUGCAGAAAGAGAAUAGGCUGGCCGAGAGAUUGUCCAUCCUACAUUACAACUGGAGGCUUGCAGAGAGGUACUGGUGCACAUGGAAGGAACAAACGGAGUCACGUCAAGCAGAGCAGGAGGCGGAAAAGGUGGCUGCUGUGUACUGUUGGCGGCGCCAGUUGCUGACAGCCCUGUACACAUGGCAGGAAAAUGUUCAGGAAAUUAAAGCAAGGAGGAUCAGAGAGGAACAAGCCUCAUGCCACUACUGCCAGUGCUGCGUGCAAAAAGCCUGGCGUCACUGGAGAACGUUUGUGCUUCAUGGACGUAUGAAGAGGCAAAAACAACUCUCUGCUGAUCGUCACUACUGUCACUGCCUGCUCACACGAGUUUUUGGUGCAUGGAAGCAUUAUCACAGAGAUACACAGAAUAUUUUGCAAAUUGUAAAGGAAAAGGAGAAACAGCAACAAUCUUUCAUCCUUCAUGCUGCACUGUGCACUUGGAGGACAAAUGCAGAAGUUCAGGCCAUGAAUAGAAAGCAGGAAGUUGAAGCUGCACUGCACUAUAGGGAUAAAACCCUUUCUCAGGUUUUACAGGCGUGGAGAGACGCUGCAUCUAUACGAGCAUAUUAUAGAGAGCAGAAAGCUGAAGCUGUUAGAGAUGCAGCCGUUUGUCUACAGAGAGAAAGACUCAGAUGCUUUUUUUUGUAUUGGAAAGAACUCGGCAAUAGAAGUGCAAAACUAAGAAUUAAAAUGGAGACAGCAACAAUGCACCAUGGGAGAGUUCUCCUGAGCAAGUUUGUUAAAAAAUGGAAAAUGUAUCAUGACCAAUGCAUACGGAAAAAGUUGUUGCAGCUUCAGGAAGACUGGUUUGCUAAACGUAGACUCACCCACUCAUCCUUCAGGCAGUGGCAGCAGAUGGUGGUGGAGAAGCAACGACAGGAUAAGCUGACCGUGCAAGCCUUGUGGCAUUGGUCUUUUACACUGAAAGGAAAGGUGUUAGAUGGCUGGCUGGAGUAUACAUGGGAGCGCAGAAGGAGGAAGAGUCGCAUCACUGAUGCAGUAGAGGUGUAUCGUGCUGACCUGAUGCAAGAAGGGGUCACCAGGAUUCUACGUUACAUGUCUGGAAUGAAACAGUUUAGAUCUCAACUCAUCACUCAGCACCAAGUAAAGGAAGUGUAUACACAGCACCUUGCAGCACGUCGCUGUGCUAUGAUCUGGAAAGAAAAGGUUUUCAGGAAGAGAUCUCUGCCACCAAAUCAGAAGAAAAAAGUGACCUUCCAGACACCGUGCCUAGAUGUGCAAGCUGAGACUUCUUUGCCAGCACAACAAUUUGUCAAAAAUAAAGUGCCUCCUGCUCCUCUGGCCACGGGAGAACCUGUCCUGAGCACAAUUAGCACGCUGCGCUCAGAACGACUCAAACCCCGUAGCCCAGAAUUUCUUCAGCAGUCAUUGGAGAGAGAAGGACUACUGAGUACUGUUCUCAGCUGCUGCAUCAGAACAGACUAUGCUGAGACUCAUCAGAUUUCAGAAAUAGCCGAACCUAGAAACCUUCAUCAUCAAGAGACUGUGCAGCUGUUACUGCCUGAUGACUCUAGAUCUCAAGCUGCUACUGUACCAGCAAACAUCAUCUGGACCUCAGUGUCUGCUGCUCCUCUUCCCACCGCCUGCCAACUAGUACCUAACCCAGCUCUUAUGCCUCCUUCAUCAUUUAUGCCUCUUAUUCAAAAAGAAGCUAGCACAAAAAAGCAGUCUCCCUGUGCGGAAGUUCCUCAAAAAAUAAAGCCUUCCUCACCAGAUUAUGCCAACCUACUGCAUUCACCAAGUGACUUUUUGCAUGAGGCAGGACCAAGAGGAGAUGCUGAUAGCAUUGUAGUUCACAGCUUACAUCCUAACGAUCGAGAAUCUUCUGACAUCCAAAAUGAACUUCUGCAGAUUCAACACAUAAUGCAGGAACAUCUGGAGCAGAAGCAAGAACUGAAGGCUUGGUGUAGAUAUGCAGGAGUCUUGCGUGGGUGGGUGGAGACUCAUGAUGCCGUGCUGAACCAUGAUGAACAAUCUAUCACACAGGAUGUGCAGAGCGACCUGUUGCAGCUGGAGCUACAGAUUGAGAAGCGUAAACAAAAGCUAGAUAUGGAGAAGACACAGAUGCAGGGUUAUAUCAGCCGUAUCCAGGAAAUAAGAAUCUUGCUGGACUGUUUGUAAUGGAGACUAUGCACACCUUAUGCCUUUCAACUAAAGCCAGCAUCUGGCUAGUGACUUGCUCAGAAAUGUGUUUUUUAUUGGAUCUUUUAUUAUUUUAUUUCAAAAUGUUAACUAUUAAAUGAAUUAAUGUAUUACAUAAA